AUGUCGGGCACAGCCAUCGGGGCCUUCUCAUCAGAGGUCACACUCUUCGUGUUCCCGGCUCGCCCCACGCCAUCUUCUUCGCCAGGCCUUCACACAGCCGCUCCCAGUCAAAAUCGUCGAGUUUACCCUCGAUCUCUUCAUCUCCAGCGGCGUGCUCGGGAUCCCAAGACGGAGGACCAGCAGCGGAGGCACGUGUACUAUGAGUACAAGACGGACGGCUGCAUCCAAAUUUUGAACGAGAACCUUCAGGGUGAGAGGUUGGACCUAUGGACUUGCGCUCUUCGCAGCAGCACCGCGUGCCGCGCGAGGACGUAUUCAACAAGGAAAUUGCGGCUCACAUUUGCUAUAUUCAAAAGUGAUGAUAAUACAUUCAAGAACUCAUAUAUUAAGAUAGUUGUCUUAUGGCGAAUCAAUGUCGGUCAACUUUAUGCCAUCUGA